AUUCGUAAUUGACUUAACUGGACAAAUCAAAACGCCGCUGGCCAACGUGAACUAUUGGCAAAGAUCAAGUACAUCCCUACAACAAAAUAGACAGCCGCAUGUCUUACGCAGCGCCCGUGCCCGUGUGUUAUCGUCGUUGUCGCCUUUUUAGCCGCCGUGCAUAAUUGGUUAGAAAUUGAUUUUGAGGUUUUUUGGUGGGAACAGUUGAGAAGAUUGACGGGCGGAGAAUACGUUGCGAAAGUGCAACUUGUUGCAUCCCAGUGUGUAGAGUGGUUAGCAGCCCAAAAUGAGUUUUUCAAGUGACGAAGUCAACUAUUUAGUUUUCCGAUAUCUUCAGGAGUCAGGCUUUCUACACUCGGCGUACGUGUUUGGCAUAGAGUCGCACAUCUCGCAGAGCAACAUUAAUGGCGCGCUUGUUCCUCCCGCCGCACUGCUGACCAUAAUUCAGAAGGGCCUGCUGUACACCGAAGUAGAGUGGAGCGUGGGCGAGGAUGGCGAAGUGGCGCGUCCCAUCGAGGGACUAAGUCUAAUUGAUGCUGUAAUGCCAGAGGUGAAACCACCCAAGCCGGCGGUCAAGACGGAGCUGGCCAAGGCCGGUGUAGAGGCCAGCACGCCAGCAGGAGCAAAUGCAAACAACAAUGUUAAACCCGAGAUUAAGAUUGAGCCCGGCACGGGUGCUGCGGGAGCGGGCAAAACGGCCAGCAGUACAACGGGCACCAGCACACCCACGGGCAAUGCAGAGUCGAGCGAAGUGGACUCGAGUGGAAAUGCCAAUGGGAACUCCACCAACACUGGCAAUAACAAUACAACGGGUGGCACAAAUGCCACAGCCAACAACCAGCCCACAGCCUCAGCUGGUGGCGAUGCUUCAGCGGCAGCGACGAACGCGAACAAAAAAGCUGGCUCCAGUGAGCCCGGCAAUAGUACAACGAGCGCGACAAACAAUGCGAAUGCUACCAACACAGAUGAUGCCGCCUCAUCGACAUCGACAAAUGGCAAUGGCAGCACUUCGAGCAGUGUAGAGCAGCCCUCAGCGGGGGUGACAACCACAGGCAAUGUGCCCGCAUGCGCCGCUACGGACACAGCGACGGCAGCGGCGGCUGGUGGUGCAACGGCAGGUGCCAAAGCGCCCAGUGGUGCGUCAACAGCGCGUACCGGCUCUCAACCAGGCAAUAAUGUGCAGACUGGGGCCGCGACAGUUCAAAGUUCUGCACCUAGCAGCACCACCUCAAACAGUGGCACACCCGGUGGUACGGUGGAAGCCAUGGAAAUUGAUCAGAGUAUAGAGAUUCCAGAGUCGAAGGCGCGCGUAUUGCGCGGGCACGAAAGUGAAGUGUUCAUUUGCGCUUGGAACCCAAGUCGCGAUCUGCUGGCUAGCGGCUCAGGCGACAGUACCGCACGCAUCUGGGACAUGUCCGAUGCGAAUGCCAAUUCCAAUCAGUUGGUGUUGCGUCAUUGCAUACAAAAGGGUGGAGCUGAGGUGCCUAGCAACAAAGAUGUCACCUCAUUGGAUUGGAAUUGUGAUGGUUCAUUGCUUGCUACCGGCAGCUAUGAUGGCUACGCACGCAUUUGGAAGACAGAUGGACGUCUCGCUUCUACGUUGGGCCAACAUAAGGGUCCCAUUUUUGCACUCAAGUGGAACAAAUCCGGCAAUUAUAUACUCUCGGCGGGUGUGGACAAAACGACUAUCAUUUGGGAUGCCUCCACCGGUCAGUGUACCCAGCAAUUUGCUUUCCACAGUGCACCGGCUCUGGAUGUAGAUUGGCAAUCGAAUCGUUCCUUUGCCUCGUGCAGCACAGAUCAGCGCAUUCAUGUCUGCCGCUUGGGCAUUAACGAGCCAAUUAAAACGUUCCGCGGUCACACAAACGAGGUGAACGCCAUCAAAUGGUGUCCACAGGGCCAGUUGUUAGCCUCGUGUUCGGACGAUAUGACCCUGAAGAUCUGGAGCAUGUCACGCGAUGUCUGCUGUCAUGAUCUGCAAGCGCACUCAAAGGAGAUUUACACAAUAAAAUGGUCUCCGACUGGACCAGGCACCAACAAUCCAAAUACGAACCUUAUACUUGCAUCGGCGUCCUUUGAUUCUACAGUACGUCUGUGGGAUGUUGAAAGGGGCACAUGCAUUCACACGCUUACGAAGCAUACGGAGCCCGUCUAUUCGGUCGCAUUCAGUCCAGAUGGCAAGCAUUUGGCAUCGGGUAGUUUUGACAAGUGCGUUCACAUUUGGAGCACCCAGACUGGACAGCUAGUGCACAGUUACAAAGGCACUGGCGGCAUCUUUGAGGUUUGCUGGAAUUCAAAGGGAACCAAAGUGGGUGCUAGUGCAUCGGAUGGCAGUGUCUUUGUGCUCGAUCUUAGAAAGUUUUGAUCACCGACUGGACUGCCACACAUCGCCUCAGUACUCGUAGGAUCUGCAGAAUUGUCCUCUCCUUCUAACGAAUUACUUGGCUAUGUAUAUUAAGAAUAACAAUGGUCUAUGUACACCGCUCGUUUGUAUCAUCUAUUGCUUAUUUGUCUUCUGACCUGUUCUCUUGUCCAAUGUCUUGCAUACGCUUAGACUUCAGCCACUUAAUUAUUGAAGAGAAAAAGUGUUAUGGGACGACUGUGCUGGCGUUGCCAAUGAGUCCGAACUCUGAGUUUUUGUAACGCACAUGGCGAUGCGCCAGCACCGCCGCAAACGCUUUUUAGCUUAGCAUUAAGUUCAGUGUUUCUCUAACUAAUCAUUUUAUACAAAACUCGUUUAGUAUAACUUUAUGCAUUUUGUUAAUGUAUCGAAAGGUGAGAUGGUCGCGCCUACCAACCACUUCAAACCCAGCGCCGGAAAAAUUUUGAUCAGCUCCUUUUAGUUUCAUAGAUGUAAGCAUAUUCAUAGUUAGCCGGUGGGGUGGUAUGCCCCUUGCAAUUUAUGAAGAGAUUCACGCAUACAUUCAAACAGUGUAACUGCAUCCCAGCGUAGCAUGUAAAACGACCUUAAGCCUAAGAUUAUAAAACUAAAGUGGCAAAACAAAAAAACAGCAAAAUUAAUUAAAGCUCAAGAAA